AUGGACAUGAGCACUGCCAACACCGAUCCGCCUCCGUCUUCCGGCAAGACAAGCUUCCUCAAGACUUGUAUCAAUGGAAUCAAUGCGCUCUCAGGGGUCGGGCUGCUGUCGAUUCCCUACGCACUGUCUCAGGGCGGAUGGCUGAGCCUGAUCGUCUUCAUGGCCAUCGCCGUCAUCUGCUUCUACACCGGGCUUCUCCUGCAGAGGUGUAUGGACUCCAGCUCGCUCGUCAACACCUACCCGGACAUCGGAGCCCACGCCUUCGGCCGGAGAGGCCGCGUCAUCGUCGCCACCUUCAUGUACCUCGAGCUCUACCUCGUCGCCAUCGACUUCCUCAUCCUGGAGGGGGAUAACCUGCACAAGCUCUUCCCGGCGGCGAGCUUCCGGCUCGGCGCGCUCCGUGUCAGCGGAAAGCAGGCGUUCGUGCUGGCGGCCACGCUGGCCGUGCUGCCGACCACGUGGUUCAGCAGCCUCAACGUGCUCGCCUACGUCGCUGCCGGUGGUGCGCUGGCGUCCGUUCUUCUCAUCGCCGCCGUCCUGUGGGUCGGGGUGUUCGACGGCGUUGGGUUCCGCGAGAGGGGCAGGCUGGUGCGUUGGGACAGCAUGCCCAGCGCCAUGAGCUUGUAUUCCUUCUGCUUCAGUGGCCAUGCCGUGUUUCCCAUGAUAUACACGGGGAUGAAAGACAGGAAGAGGUUCCCCAUGGUGCUGUCGCUGUGCUUCAUCGUGAGCACACUCAGCUACGGCUUGAUGGGCAUCGUCGGGUACCUGAUGUACGGCGACACGCUCAAAUCCCAGAUCACCCUCAACGUCCCGUCGGCGAGCGUGGCCGCCAAGGUGGCCAUAUACACCACGCUGGUGAACCCGCUGGCCAAGUACGCGCUGGUGGUCGCCCCCGUCGCCGAGGCCGCCGAGGGCGCGCUGGGCGUCGGCAAGAGCGCGCCCUUCCGCGCGCUCGUCAGGACGGUGCUCGUCGUCGGCACGGCUGUAGUCGCGCUGGCCGUGCCCUUUUUCGCCGACGUCGUGGGCCUCACGGGCGCUCUCCUCAGUUGCACGGCGACCAUGCUGCUGCCGUGCCUCUGCUACCUCAAGGUCCGGUCAAAGAUCGGCGGUGACAGGGGUAUGGGGCUGGAGACUGCAGCUUGCCUGGCCAUUGUCGCGAUUGGCACCGCGAUUGUUGGGCUGGGAACCUACAGUUCCGUGAAGCAGAUUAUACGCAAGUUAUGA